CCAAUGAAUGUCUAUGGGAUCAGCCUCUAGAGUUGAAAUAACCCUGAACAACUUGCAUAAGUAGUCUCACCGUAUGACAGUGUCUUACCUUAUGACCAGCCCUUUGAGUUACACGGGCGCAGCCAGGGGAUUUCAAAAACAAGACUGAGGCUCAGAUAGUCUGUCAAACACGGAAACUCACACAUUACCUACAAAUACGAUUCCAGAAUUAAAAUGGUACAGAUAGCCACAUCAAUGCUUCAUCUAUGGUCACGCUCCAAAGUGCACUACACCUUGACCCGAAGUGAACAUGCCUGCUAAAUUUCGACUUUCAGAAGCCAAAUAUGCGUCGCUUGAUCAUUCCGCACCCAUUGAUCCUCCCUCUCUACCCGAGCGCCUUUAUGGGUCCAUCCUAUCGCUCCGUCAUAUCUGGCGAGAAGUCUUGAUAGUUUGUCUUAGCAUCCUUUGUACAGGACUCCUAGUAAACCGUAUCUUGUCUCCGCUGGAUGGUAGAACUACCGAGGCUAAUCCAGAAUACGAUACGACCUCAGACCAUGACCGUUGGAUUCAAUUCCAAUGGACGACAGGAAUCUAUAGCUCUUCGAAGCCCGAAGAUUUCGAUGCCGUGAAUAAGGCCUGGGAGGAAGUCAUCCCAGCGUACGGCUUCGUCGCGGUUGAUCACGGGUGGGCUGUGGAGAACCACCUCCCAGCGAGCAUGAGUCUUCCAUCAGAUUCUUCGAAGGGAGUGUACAUUCUUGAUGCGUACCACCAGAUCCACUGCCUCACGAUAAUCCGCCGGACACUCUUAGAGAUACGAUCAGGAAUGCCCCCCAAACUUCCCCUUGAACAUUCUUGGCACUGCUUCGACAGCCUGCUGCAGUAUAUUGCUCGGAAGUGUCUCGAUUGGAGGAGUCGGAGAGAGUGGAUUCGUCAGAGAACGGCUUGUUAUAAGGAUAGUGAGCAGCCCAUUCGACUAGUUGAUCAUUUUACGAGGUGCGAAGAUGGUGAAAUGGAGAUUGGGGAUGGGAUUAGGUUGAGUGUUUGAUUGGGAGGUGUAAUAAUGGAUCACGAGAAUGGAAGAGAGAAACAUUAUCGGCUAUAGGCUUUUGCUCUUGGCUGGAGCUAUACUCCACCUAAAACAUACGACAUCUCCAUCAGACCCCACAUAACCUCGAGACAGCUCCAACGCUCAUCUACCACCCUUCCCCGAUAACAGUAUUGUCCUCAUCAUGUGGCAAUGCAGAUCUCUCAUGAAUACCACUAGCUUCAUAUCCAGCGGCGCGGACACCUGCUU